AAAUCAAGACAGAGGAAAAGUCAAGUGAAGAUUCAGAUGACUCUUCGGAUUCCAGGAAUGAAUUCAUAUCUGUUAAUCGGAGAAUGACGCUACAGUCGGGGAAAACACAUCUAAACAGUGUGUCUAAACUAUUUAAUAGGUUGGAUGAUCACUCUACGAGCAAUUCUCAGGAUGAUGAUGACUAUAAUGUAAGUGAGGAUGGUAAAGAGACUCGUGAGAAACCCGUCAUUCAGAGUCUCAUCGAUGCGAAGAAAAAACGGCUCAAUACUACAACACUACAGCAUAGCACAGAUGGAAGGAUUAAGGGCACUCCUAAAGUUGAAGACAUUUGGAAGAACAAUAGUUCUGAGUACAAACCCGCUUCACCGCAUUACGUUCUUAGUCAGUUUGGCAAAAAAGUAUCUAAGGCGAUUAUUAAAAAGAUUAUCGAUUACGACGAAAAGCCCUCGACUGGCACUAGCAGCCUAACCUCAGAAAAGGUACAGAAUAAAUAUGCAGUUACCCCCUUCAAGCUUCCCAAAACAAAUAUUCCGCGCCUGGAAGUUGCUUUCCAAGGCAAUUCAAACCAAUCAGUUGAAAAAGUUUCACAUUCACGCAUAUGUAACAUGAUCGGUGACAGGGACGAAGACAUAAACAACAGUGACGACUGCAGCAUAGAAAUGAAUGACAUUGUAAACGACGACGUUAUAAGUGGCUGCGAUGGGAAAGUUUCAGUUGGUCGUUUAGCCGGUGGCGCGGAUAAGUGUCCCCGUACUAGCUCGAGCUCAGUAUCGGAUACAGAAACGCUAAUUGGGGAAGAAAGCAUAUGCAGGAUUGCAUCACCGGAUAAAAUGGAUUUACCUUUGGUUCCAGCACCACUUUGUACGCGAGCCGUGACCAUGGCUGCAGCAGUAGCAGCUGUAGCAAGGGGUCGUCGUCGAGGUUUUGAAUCAAUUCCGGGCAGCAAUAUUGGGGUACCUCAUAUGAGUACUAGCAUUAACACUAGCACUUAUGAUCAAGCUAACAAUAGACAUAAUCCUGAGCUUAAUAAUGUUACUGAUCGGACAACCUUUCAAUCUCAACAUAUUUCCUAUGAUAUUCCCCAAAUGCAGUUCAGUCGCUCAUCAGUGGGGGGCGCUAAAUAUGUGUCCAACUGUCAUCCUAUGAACGCCGAGGAGUACGAAAGUCUAGAAUUUGAGUCCCGCUUCGAAUCAGGAAAUUUGGCUAAGGCAGUGCAGAUUACACCCACUUAUUAUGAGCUUUAUCUACGUCCCGAUCUCUAUACAAGCCGAUCGAAACAGUGGUUCUAUUUUCGCGUUCGACACACCCGUCGUAACAUGCUCUACCGGUUCUCCAUUGUAAAUUUAGUGAAGUCAGAUAGCCUUUAUAACGAUGGAAUGCGACCAGUUAUGUACUCUACCUUGGGAGCAAAGGAAAAAAACGAAGGCUGGAGAAGAUGUGGUAACAACAUAUCCUAUUAUCGUAAUGAUGAUGAAAGCAACAAUAAUACAAAUGAAGAGGACGAGGAUAAUUCGAGCUACACCCUGACUUUUACUAUUGAGUUUGAGCAUGAUAAUGAUACAGUAUUCUUUGCGCAUAGCUACCCGUACACAUACAGUGACUUACAGGAUUAUUUGAUGGAAAUACAGCGUCACCCCGUAAAAUCAAAAUUUUGUAAGCUGCGACUACUCUGCCGGACGUUAGCAGGCAAUAAUGUGUAUUAUCUGACUGUCACUGCACCAUCUAAUAAUGAGGAUACAAUGCGGCGCAAAAAAUCUAUUGUUGUAUCGGCACGCGUGCAUCCCAGUGAGACGCCAUCAUCAUGGAUGAUGAAGGGUCUGAUGGAUUUCAUAACAGGAGAUUCUACAGUAGCAAAGCGUCUACGUCACAAAUUUAUAUUUAAACUAGUGCCGAUGCUAAAUCCAGAUGGUGUAAUAGUUGGCAACACUCGGAACUCGCUAACUGGGAAGGACUUAAAUCGUCAGUAUCGAACUGUUAUUAGAGAAACUUAUCCAUCUAUUUGGUAUACAAAAGCGAUGAUAAGAAGACUGAUAGAAGAAUGUGGAGUGGCCAUGUACUGUGAUAUGCACGCUCAUUCACGCAAGCAUAACAUAUUUAUAUAUGGCUGCGAAAACAAGCGUAAUCCUGAAAAGCGGCUUACUGAGCAAGUUUUUCCGUUAAUGCUGCACAAAAACAGCGCAGAUCGAUUCUCAUUUGAGAGCUGUAAGUUUAAAAUACAACGGAGCAAGGAAGGUACAGGACGCAUUGUUGUUUGGAUGCUGGGCAUUACGAACAGCUAUACUAUUGAAGCAUCUUUUGGCGGCUCUUCACUGGGGUCACGCAAAGGCACACAUUUCAACAUUCAGGAUUAUGAGCAUAUGGGACGAGCGUUUUGUGAAACUUUAUUGGACUAUUGUGAUGAAAAUCCGAACAAAGUAAAGCGACAUGCUAAAUUAUAUAAGCAAAUCAAAAAGAUAAGAAAACGCGAGAAACGCGAACAGAAAGCAUUGAAAUUACAAAAAAUGGCCGAUCAGGGAUGUAUUAUAACUGAAAAAUUAAGCGUUAAACGUUCUGUGGAGAGAAACGUCUCCUAGGAAUGUAAUUAAUUCAUUACACGUAUAUACACAUCCCUAAGCAUACAGCCGUAAACCGCUUUUUCUAAAUGGUUUAAUACAUGUAAAUUUUGUAUUGUUGUCUCUGCUGCUGUUCCGCUGAUUACUCAACAACAUACAAUAUUUAAAAAGUUAAUAUGAUAUUGCUUUAAAAGCGGUGGCUUGUACCAUCGAAUCAUAGAAAUAUGUGGUCAUGUUGCCAAAGUUAUGAAUUUGAAUGCUAUCUAUCGCUAA